GAGGUGAAUGGGAACCUCAAGUUGUUUUAAAUUCAAGAUUUUGCAGGCCAUCUUUUUUCCAUACCCAUCAAAAUCUUGAAAUUCAUCACACUUUUUAUCCUAAAAAUAUCUCUGCAAAAAUGUCCACUGUUUUGAAUUGUACCCCUCUUACCUCCUCCAGUUCCCCUAGUAAACCAGGGCUAAUUGGUGGAAACGCUCCAAGACUGACUUUAAUCAACGUUUUGACUAAUCAGAAGUCAAAAUUGGAAAGAUUUCAAGCUUUGGAAGUCAAGGCGUCUUCCGAUGGUGCAAAGACCACCACGACUAACAAGAGCUUGGUUUGUGAAUCUUGUGAGGGAAACGGGAAAAUAGUAUGUAAGCAAUGCGAAGGAACUGGAGUGAACACAGAAGAUCACUUCGGUGGAAGGUUCAAAGCUGGUGGAUUGUGUUGGCUCUGCAGAGGUAAAAAGGAGAUCCUUUGUGGUGGUUGCAAUGGGGCAGGAUAUGCAGGCGGAUUCAUGAGCACCGCCGACGAAUAGAAAGUACUUGAAAUGAUGUUCGGUAUAUCAGGUUUGUUUGUUUUGUUUGUUGUUGACUAGCAACUAUAAACCGCCGCCAUCUUACACCGCCUAGUGGUGGUGUUCCAACUAAACAUUGAGUAUGUUUUGUUUAAUUAAUUUCGAUUUUGUAUUCAAACUCUUAAAGUUGUUAAGUUGUAUUUGUAGACUGUACUUCUUGAAGCUAAACUCAAGGGGAUUAUUGUUUCUUUUAAUCAUACUUCUAUUGCUUAGUGUAACGAAA